AUGAGCGAUCACCACACAGUGAGCCAGGAGCGAGAUCAUGACGGUGAAUUGAUAGGCACAGAUGAGACAAAGACAUCAGAAAAAGAAAUUAAAGAGCCCACUGCGGCCCAAGGACUAGCAUCCCUUCUUAAAUCAUCAUGGUUGAACAUUCUAUUAAUUUGUAUACCCUUUGGUUGGGCUUCGCAUUUUGUCUGGACGCCCACUACUACAUUCGUUUUGAACUUUAUUGCCAUCAUCCCUCUAGCUAAACUACUCGGGUUUGCGACUGAAGAAAUUGCGCUAAGAACAGGAGAGGUCAUUGGUGGGCUACUCAAUGCAACAUUUGGAAACGCAGUAGAACUGAUCAUUAGCAUCAUAUCUCUCACUCAAAAUUUAGUUAUUGUUGUUCAGGCAGCCAUGCUUGGAUCCAUUCUGUCGAAUCUAUUGCUCAUCCUUGGCAUGUGCUUUCUUUGUGGUGGGUAUAAGCAUAAAGAACAAGUGUUUAAUGCAACUGCUGCACAGACUUCUGCCUCUCUUCUCUUCAUCUCGGUUGUAUCGUUGCUUUUACCUGCAGCGUUUUAUGGCUCAACAAUUAAUACUGAAUCUGAAGAUCGAGAAAAGACAGAUAUAUUAGAUAUCUCCCGUGGUACUGCCAUUAUUCUGCUUAUUAUUUAUUUUGCCUAUCUUUUCUUUCAGCUAAAAACACACAAGUCCUUGUUCUUGCAAGUCCCUGUAGAAGCCUUCAAGAUUGAAAGACGAUCAUCACUUAUUGAUUUACUCAAUAGUGGUAGGAGCCAAAGCGGAAUUGAAGAGCAAGCUUUGUCGUGCUAUACAGAUGAAGACGAUGAUGAAGAAGAAUCGCCCUCUAUGCCAUGGUGGAUGGCUAUUACAGUACUCGUAGUCGUUACUGUACUAGUUGCCAUUUCUGGAGAGUUCCUUGUGUCUGCAAUUGAAAGUGUUGUUCAAGCAUGGCAGAUUAGUGAAACAUUUGUAGGUUUGAUUCUAUUACCUAUCGUUGCUAAUGCAGCAGAGCAUGUCACGGCUGUUACAGUAGCGUGGAAAAACAAGAUGGAUUUGGCACUGGGAGUUUCAGUAGGGUCAAGCAUGCAAAUUGCCUUACUUGUAACCCCUAUAAUGGUUAUCAUCGGUUGGGGAAUUAAUGUUGACAUGAGUUUAUUUUUUAAUAUAUAUGAAACUGCAGUCCUAUUUGCAUCCGUUGUCAUGGGUGGAAAGAGCCAUUGGUUUGGAGGACUUAUGCUGUGUGCUGUCUAUGUGAUUAUUGCUAUAAGCUUUUAUUAUUACCCAGAUGCUGCAGCAGGAGGAUUAGAUGGACCAACGCUCAAUGUGACCAUUGCUCCCAGUACAGCCUAG